GAUCGGAUGUUCUUCGGUGAUACCUUCUAACUGAGUGCUUCCUACAGUCUUAUAUAAUAAUUGUUCCAAGUUCAUUGCAUACAUUCUUCGGUUACCGGGAAGAUAGUCUGAAAUAUUGUAUCUUGUUACUUAAGAGAGAGGGAAAUGAGGGGAUUUUUGACAUCUAAGCCUCAGAGAAUAUGUUCUUAAAUAUAAUUUAAGAGAUUUAGGAGGUAUAAAUAUUCCGGCAUUUGUGGCUUUGAAUGAAAAUCUGCUCUUCCGAUUGUAAAGACAAGGCAAACAUUUGUUAUUCCUAACUGUAUAUUCAAAAACAAGGAAAUUUUUCGAAUUGAAAUUUAAGAAUUUAUGUGGCAAUUUUUAUCAACUGAGAUUUAUAGAUAGCUGUCUUUUUUCUCGAAUUGUUUUGGAGAGAUAUCACAAAAAAGUUGGAGGAAACUAACAUUUUUGGAGCUACGCUACAUCUGUGAUUUUUUAAUAAAUGAAUAAUUGUUCGGAAGAUGCUCCGAUUACCUAAUUACUCCUCCAUUUCAAGACACUCAUCUUCAUUAUUGUUGUCAGAAACAUUCUUCUAGAUUUUUUUUUUUAAUCUUUUGAUUUAUAUUAUAAGCAAUCACUGCAAUUGAAAAAAAUUGGAAAGUUUUAAAAACUGAUAUUUUAUUGUUAAAGAUAAGACGAACGUCUACUAAGAAAUAAUCGCUAUAUCUACAAUCAUUUCAUAUUUUUUCAGUCUUGCCCAAAAGUGUUCACAGAACUGAAUUUUAUCGAAUAAUCGUUUUCAUUUAAAACUUCCACAUAAAUCUUCAUUUUGUGUGUGAGCAAAGAUACUGAUUUUUUUAUAAGAUAAAUUUGUCAAAUUGAAGAAUUAAAAACAAUGCAAGAUUCAAGCUUGGAAAGUGCUAUGUCGACAGUCUUCCAAAGAUUGUUUAAACCUCGCCAGAAAACUAUCGAGGCAACUUACACAUUGUCAGAAGUAGCGGUUCACUGCAACCGCAACGACUGCUGGAUUGUGGUCGAAGACUACGUAUAUGACGUCACAUCGUUCUUAGAUUCGCAUCCUGGAGGGUUUGACGUCUUAAUGGAACAUGCCGGGAGAGAUGCGACAGUCGCUUUCUAUGGGGCAGGUCAUCUCCCUAACACUGAAAACCUCCUGAAACCCUUCCUUGUAGGAUCUUUAGUUCAGCAUGAACGAGUGAAUUUGAUCGGCACCGUCUCUAGCAACCGCAGUCGCUAUAUGUGGUCAUCUGAUGGAGUCGCAGUGGCCGAGUAGAGCCACACACAUCAACAAACUACUGACCACCAGAAAUAUUUAUCACUUCAGAGACAUUCAUGGCUUGAAUUUUGAAACUCGGUUUCGAAAUUACAUCAUUCGUAUUUGUUCAGUCAAACACAAACUACACAAACUAUUUUCGUCUUGUUUACUUUAGCUUCUAAAAGGAAAGUGCUGAUCUGAACAUAAACUAUUUCAUCAGUCGAAAUCUAAAAUGUUUCCGACUUUUUUUCCAUUAGUCUGCAAAAUGGAAAUGUCAGUCUUAACAUAAACUAUUUCAUCAGUCGAAGUCCUGAACAUUCCCGGCUUUUUUCCAUUAGUCUGUAAAAUGAAAAUGCCUAUCUAAGAAAAGAAAAUUUCAUUUCUAUAUAUAGCUCCUUUGAGGAAAAGGCAAAAUCCAUGAAAUAAUAAAAGAAUAGAGAAUAAAAGAUGUUAUUUUCAAGUGAAAAAAAUGAAAAAGAUAUGUUCAGAUAAAAGAUCAUGGACAAUGCAUGGAAUAAUAUUAUAUAUAUUUUUAUAAAAUAAUUACAUUUCAAACAGUUUAUGUUGUUCCAAGUGUUGAAAUUCUUCUUUCAUCAGUCUUGAUUUAAAGUUUUUUAAGAAUAAUAUAUGGACAACAACUACAUCAUGAAUUGUUAGUACAGUUUUCUUCAUAUGUUAAGUCAAAAGUGAUUUCGUCCUUACCAAUCGUUACCGAUAUGGGCACGUAUUUUGAUAUAAUGUGACCACACGACUGUAUGACUGAAUUUUUCGGCAAUGAUUCUCGCUUUGAGCAUGGUGUUUUAAAUCAUCUGAUGCAGUGAUAGAAAAUAUUGUAUAUCAGAAGCACUAUCUUUUUUUUGCUUUCUGUACAGUCUUAUGUGAUUUAUGUAAUUUGAUUCCUGUAUAAUUUAUAUAUUUUAUAAAUAUUUAUAUAUGUA